CUAUAGAGAGUUUUAGAGAAAAAAAAUAGUGGAAAGCUAGUUAGCAUUGAGAUAUUGGGAGGUGAAUGGGUUCGACGAACGGCGGAGUCCCACCGGGGUUUAGGUUCCAUCCGACGGACGAGGAGCUGCUCCAUUACUACUUGACCAAAAAGGUGUCGUUUCAAAAGUUUGAUAUGGAGGUCAUUAGAGAAGUGGACUUGAACAAGAUGGAACCUUGGGAGUUGCAAGAAAGAUGCAGAAUUGGAUCAAGUCCACAAAACGAGUGGUAUUUUUUCAGUCACAAGGACAGGAAAUACCCAACAGGGUCAAGGACUAAUAGGGCUACCAAUGCUGGAUUUUGGAAAGCUACGGGGAGGGACAAAUGCAUUAGGAACAGCUACAAGAAGAUUGGUAUGAGGAAAACCCUUGUUUUCUACCGUGGAAGAGCUCCCCAUGGCCAAAAAACUGACUGGAUCAUGCAUGAAUAUCGGCUCGAGGACGGGGAUGAUCCUCAAGGAAACCCCACUGAAGAUGGAUGGGUGGUAUGCAGGGUGUUCAAGAAGAAAAACCUCUUCAAAGUUAGCAACACCAUCAAUGGAGGUUCAAGCCUUAACUCCUCAGAUCAACACCACCAUCUCAAUAUGAACCACACCAACACCACUUCAAGCAGCAGCCAAACUCAACCACCACCACCACUAUCUUUCAUGCAUAGAUCAAAUGACCAAUACAACCUCAACACCACCACCACCACCACCUUAGAGCUAAACAAAGCUGAAUUAGCCCUUCACUACCCUCCCCACAUUCCAACACCAACCCAUCAAUACUCCCUUUUCCAUCCCCAAACCCUACUUCCAACCCACAAAAGCAUGACCGCCUACGAGUACGCCCCGCCACUGCCGGUCGGUCUCCCAUCGGAAUCUUCCCACCCUAUAAUGAUCAAACAACUUAUGUCAUCCAACCCUAGGGAUUGUGAUAGUGGGAGUGAAAGUGUGAGGUACCAAUGUGAAACCGGUCUAGAAGGUGUUGCCGCGGGUGGUGGUGGUGGUAGUGGAAGAGAUGAUGAAAAUGAAGGGAUGAAUGAAUGGGGCAUGUUGGACCGGUUGGUGACAUCUCAUAUGGGAAUAGGUCAAGAUUCAUCAUCUAAAGGGGUAAGGUUUGAAGAUAGUAAUAAUAAUGGUACAAAUGCCACAUCGGUCCACCCAAUUAAUCAACUUUCACUUAGAGGAGAGAUGGAUUUUUGGGGCUAUGGGAAAUAAUACUUUUUUAAAUUUCAACUGGAUUGGAUCAAAAAAAAACCCCUACUCUAUUGUUGGUAAUUAUAUAUAUGAUUUUUUAU